AUGGGUGGCAAGGCCUUCGCUCACGCGGAUCCUCCUCUGGAGACACCUCGAAUGUCUCACGCGGCAUAUCUAGAGGCCAAAAACACAGUCAUUCGACGCCUGAGUAAGAAAUUCCACUGGAUUAAUGUUCCGAUGGAAGGUCCCGGAAAGGAAGACCACGGCGACGUCGAUGUCCUCGUCUGCGAGAUGAACGGAAUCGACAUCUUCAAGGAGAAUGUACUUGAUGCCAUCUCUGACGCCCUCGGCGCUGAAUCCAGAAUCAUUGAAGGUGGCGACAGUCACUUCGCUGCUCACUUCGCUAUCCCAUGGCCCGAGCAUAUCCCUCCUCCCCAGGCAAAAGGAAACGCAACUCUUCGUCCACCGAUUGUUUCCAUCACUCCUCCAUCACCUCCGGGCCCUUCUGCUCGUUCUGCUCGUUCUACUCUUACCAUCACUCCUGGAAACCUGUUCAAGCCUUCUGGCGAUGCUCCUACAGUUCCUAUUCUCAGCACUACUGCUCGAAAGCCUCCCCUGGAUUCAACCUUGCCUUCUCCCUUCGGUCCACACCCUAACCCUCUUGGUUCAAAUCCUGCUCUCUACAUCAAAGAAGCUUCUAGUCCUGACGCAGAGCCAAGUGCCGCGGAGGACUCAAAAUCAACCGAACAAACCGACGCUACAGCUACGGGCUCACAGACGAAGCCCUCAUCCAACGACUCUGAUGGCGUUAGUAUCACCUCUUCAGAGCGUAGUCAAGCCUCUGCUGCAACGACUCCUGAGACUGGCAAAUGGGGAACCCUCUCUUAUAUCAAGAGAAAACUGAAAACCGGCGACUCGUCUUCUCGUUCCUUUUCAUUGUCUACAAUGUUCAAGCGUGACAAGUCAGGCCGAGAUUCCGUCGCAUCAAACUCUACCCGCGGAACUCUUGAAAAGAUCAAUAGUUCCUUUUCAGAGCCUGGUGCUACCCUUCCAGCUGUUACUGGACAUGGAACUUUCAAAAUCAAGAGAAGGACUGUCCCAAAGUCGAUCCUGACUGACAACCCUUUCAUUCCCCUCCCCUCGGGCCCUGUUCACGAUAACCCAAUCCGAGAUUCUCCCCGCGUCUUCAUCCAAGUUGAUGUCCGCUAUUGCAUUUCCAAGAAGCAAGCUAAGUACUUGCGCUUCUUCGAGUCACACGGCGACUUUUGGCAAAUCGUCGGAUCCAUCAUUCGUCCCUAUGGUCUUACCAUGGACGACAAGGGUCUUCACAUCCGAGUGGAGGAAGGAGAAAAGAUCAACCGUAAGAAAGCUAAGAUCCUACUUACCAGCAAGCCUGAUGUCAUCCUGACGUUCCUCGGACUCCCCGUUGCCGAAUACUGGCGCCCCUUUGCCACCACCGACGCUAUGUUUGAGUACAUCAUCAAAUGUCCCAUGUUCUCUUUGCCUCGCAGAAGCACCUUUGAGGAAGGGACGGGCCUCGGCACUGCUAACGAUCGUCGUCGUAUGGCCUCGCGUCCUGUCUACCGAGAAUGGGUCCAGGAGUUCAAGCCUCGCCUCCUCGAGAAAGGCCGGUAUUUCGAGAACCCCUUAACCCGCGAUGACAUCAGGGAGAAGGCGUUCAAUACUUUCGCGAUAAAGUCUGAGUACCACGCCCGAGUUCGAUCAUUCAUCCAGAAGUCACAGAGAGACAAGCUCCUGAAGUACAUCAGGUCGCUUGUCCCCCUGGCAGACGACUCCACCCCGGCUAAACAACGACGAUCCAAGACAAUUAAGGCCAUGUCCGCCAUCGUCCUUGACGGCAUCGAUGCGUCCGAGUACGGAAUCGCCGCUCCGUCCAACCUCCUCCUGGGAAACGGGACGUGGGACAUGGAACGCACCGAGGACUGGAUCCGCACCAAGGUGCACUUCGUUGGCCGAUAUGCCAACAUGACCCCGGCCGAGAAGGAGAAGUUGAGGGCCGAAUCGGCGAAGAGGAAGGCGGAGCGCGGCUAG